UGUCUAUAUAAACCCUUAAACUAUUUCUAACAUUCUUCAAACUCAUUCAUUUAUUUGUUACACCAUGGCUAAUAAUAAUAACCAUACCAACAUUCGCUUUCUCUUUCUCUUUCUAGCUUUAGGUAUUUGCUCCGCUACUAGACUCUUGCUCACUUAUGAGCCCAAUGUUGGUGGCUAUGGUUCUGGUGGAGGACAUGGCGGUGGAGAAGGCUAUGCCGGUGCUGGUAGUUAUGGUGGUGGUGGUGGUGGAGGUGCAGGCAGCGGUGGAGGGUAUGUUGCAGUAGGAGACCAUGGUGGUGGUGCUGCUGCUGGCUAUGGAGGUGGUGGAGGAGAAGGUGGCGGUGCUGGCUAUGGCGGUGCAGGUGGACAUGGUGGUGGUGGAGGCAGUGGUAGUGGUGGUGGUGGUGGUGCAGUUGGAUAUGGUGGUGUUGGUGCUUAUGGAGGUGGAGGUGGUGGAGGAGAAGGAGGUGGUGCUGGGUAUGGUGCAGGUGGGGCUCAAGGAGGUGGUGGUGGUGGAGGUGGUAGCGGUGGUGGAGCUGCUUAUGGUGGUGUCGGAGCUGGUGGUGCUUAUGGUGGUGGAGGAGGAAAAGGAGGUGGAGCUGGAUAUGGUGGUGCUGGUGGAGAGUAUGGUGUUGGACAUGGCGGUGGUGGAGGUGGUGGAAGUGGUGGUGGUGGUGCUUAUGGUGGUGCUGGAGGUGGUGGUUAUGGAGGCGGUGCAGGUGAAGGAGGUGGUGCAGGGUAUGGUGGUGCUGGUGGAGGAGGACACGGUGGGGGUAGUGGUGGCGGUGGUGGAGCUGGAUAUGGAGGAGAGCAUGGUGGUGGUUAUGGCGGUGGUGAAGGAGGUGGAGCAGGGGGAGGAUACGGUGGUGGUAAUGCAGGGUAUGGUGGUGGAGGGGGCCAAGGUGGGGGUAGUGGAGGAGGUUAUGGUGGUGGUGGAGCUCAUGGUGGUGGUGGAGGAGGAGGAUCUGGCAGUGGCUCUGGAGGUGGCGGUGGUUAUGCAGGUGGUGGAGGUGCACAUGGCAGUGGAUAUGGAGGUGGCGAAGGCGGUGGCCAUGGUGGUGGUGGUGGCUAUGCCCCUUGAAAAUAAGUAUCUUUUCCUUUUGCAUGGUUUUAUGUGUACUUGUGCCUAUAAUAGUAAGAAAACCAAAUAAGAUUAAAUUUUAGUAAUAAGAGGGUGUCUAUAAUAUUUAUUAGCAUACUGCAAAUGCAGUUGUAUGAAAGAAAAAAAAAUAUAUGUAUUCUCUUUUAUUAUUAUUAAUUAAAUAUGCAAUAAAAUUCUUCUUAUUUUGUUCUUUUGUCUAAA